AUGGGAAAUCUGGCCAUUGUUCUCCUACUACUGUGCAUUCUGUCAAGCUGGGAGGCCGUUCAAGGUUAUCCUUUUCGUGAGCUGAUUUUUAGUUGCGUAACGCACGUGCAGUGCAUGAGCCCUAAGAUCUGUGAUGCUGGUAGCUGCAAGGCGUUUCGUUGCAAAGACAACAGCGAGUGCCGCAAAAACUUGAAUUGUGUGUCUGGCUUCUGUCUGUAUCGGGAUGGAGGGUUGCACGAAGACGACAUAUUUCGCAAUAUAGGGAGACCUUGCAAAAUCAGCCCCGAUUGCUACUACGAUAUGGUUUGCCAAAAUGGAUCUUGCCAGCGCAAUCCCAGGUCAUGAAUUGGAAUCGACUGCGGCGUCAAGGCUACAUGCACUUCAAUGACGACGAUGGAGAUACGUCCAGGAACGCUACGAUCCUGUAAUCUCAGAAUAAAGAAAAUACCUUACAACCUUA